AUGGCACACGCAGAGAGGAACGGAUUGGCAGGCUUGAGGCUUGAGACGUCGUUUCAUCAACGGGCAGAGUGGCAGGAUGGCGAAGCAGGGAGGAGAGUGACCGCGGGUGGUGAUGGUAUCGAAGGCGACCGUACCAACAUUUCUCAUGACUGCAGCGCGCAUCGCCGCGAUACUGAUGAAGCCCGCAGUGUGUUAAACCGUCUACACUCAGCAACCUCGCCCAUCUCGGUCCCCCGCCCUGACGAGCGUCUUUCCGAUGACGACGAUUUCCCACACAAGCCGGAUGAUGUGCAAGGAUCACCUCUCGACAGCUACAUUCAAACUCAUCGCCCCUCCAUCACUUUCAACCCCAAGGUUUCCCUGGAUAUCGGCCCCCAGCGAGCCCUAGAGGAACCUCUGGCCAAAGAAGAUACAGCGAAUCGCAACUCCCAAAAAUUCCAGCCCCGAGGAUCCAGUCUUCGAAACGCUCUUUCGCCGGAUGACGACUCCGUUCCCGAGCAGCAAGUUGAGGCUUGGAGAUCGAGCCCCAAACGGUCCCAGCAGAAUCAAGGUUUUCCGACGGGAAACUCCCAAGCACGUCUCAUACCAAAAGAUGAGUCAGUCGUGGGCGCCGAACUCGUUCAUCCAACUUCUUUGACGUCGCUUUCCACGGUCUCUCCAGUCACGGAUGAAGUACGCACCCCGCCCGAAGAGGCAAGGGACGUGAUGAUGUCGCCAUUCUGUCUGACUUCGCCAACCCAAAAUUUUGCGUCGCCCGAGGACCGCAGUUCAUGGUCCGGGAGUGUAGUAACGCCCUUCGGAAGCAAAUCCCGAGGUUCCUAUGUGGAUCGCAGCAGCAGUCUCCGAAAUUCCACACGGCAAAGCUCACGGCGAUCGACCGCCUCCAGUGGUAAAUCACCAGCCAGUACGUUCCUCUCCAUGUGGACGGCUCGCGGUGAAGAGCCAGCAUCUCAACCAGAUGACGAAGGUCAGAUGAUUGGAAGCGACUAUGUCCUUGGGAAACAGAUCGGCUUUGGAGGGUUCAGUACUGUCAAAGAAGCCUUCAAGGUCGAGGAGCACGGCGCAACGAAACGGCUAGCAGUCAAGAUCGUGAGAAAGAAUAUCAGUGGCCGGAGUGAGCAAGAGAACGACGAAGUGCAGGCUGAGUUCGACCAUGAGGUUCGGGUUUGGCGCUAUCUCAAUCACCCCCACGUCCUGACCCUCGACGCCGUAUACGAGACAGAUUACGCCACUUUCUGUUUCACGAAACUCGCCAUCGGCGGCACUCUAUUUGAUCUGGUUCGCCAAAAUCGAGGUGGUCUUGAUUCCAAACUGGCAAAAAAGUACUCCUACCAGUUAGCUAGCGCCAUCCGUUAUCUCCACGAAGACGCCCGCGUCGUGCACCGUGACAUCAAGCUGGAGAACUGUCUCCUCGAUCCCGUUGAAGACGAGAAUGGAACAAUUUCUUCAACACUCGUGCUCUGCGAUUUUGGCAUGGCGGAAUGGAUGACCAUCGAUAAUGGGGGUGACUGCCCCGAUCCGUACGACGAUGUCGCCGACCGUCCUCCCCCCAAGCAUAUCGGCCCCGCCGGGUCCAGUACCAGCGUUGCAGGGAGUCUGGAAUAUGCGUCACCGGAGCUACUCCUCUCAACCAACGGCGUGAUCCAUCCUUCCGUCGACAUUUGGGCCUUUGGCGUCAUCGUCUUCACUGUCAUUGUUGGCUCGCGGCCCUUCCAGGACCCGUUCGCGCCUCGCAUUCAAUCCAACAUCCUGAGCGGCACCUGGAACCACGACGCUGUACUCGGCGAAAUCAGCGAUGAGUUCACUCGCACAGAUCAUGCCGAUGCACUCGAGCUUAUCAAGGGCUGUCUGCACAUGGAAGCUGACAAACGGUGGACUAUCCGUGACGUUCUCAAAUGCUCUUGGCUGCGAGAAAUCGCCGAAGGUGCCGAGACCCCGGCGGAUUCAGUUUGGAAGCUCUGA